CGCCAUCACUUAUGAGGCUCUUGCUCUGUGCUCGGGCAAAGGGACAGAUGGCCGUUAUCCUUGUCAUCGCACUCUUAAAAUUGGAGUGCUUUCAUUGGCUGAAGCUUCUGGGUUCAGUUAUAUUAUCAAAACACCUACUCUUAACAUCGGUCAAAACUAUGACUCCCAUGUUUAUUGUCGGCUGUUUAUGCAACUUUUUCAUGCUGAUGGCCGUUGCGAAAUUGCCUUUAGUUAUCUUUGUAGCCAGCGGAACGCUCUUGACGGCAACGGUCGCCACCCUAUUUACCUUAAUCGACCCGUCUGUAACAUGCUGGGCCUUCGGUUUCCCAUCCACGAUUCUUAUCGUGUUCGGCGCUGACUUCGUAUACUCCUCCGGUACAAUUUUCAUUGCCAAAACCUCGUUCCCACGCGAACACGGCGUAGCCAAAGCUCUAUUCCAAACUAUGACACAAAUCGGCACCGCAUUCGGUCCAGCUAUGUCCACAAUCGUGUUCAGUACUGUAGUUGAUGAUUAUAGGUCUUCUGAUAUGAGUUUCUGGGAGGUUGAACGUUGAAAGUUUGGUUGUUCCUUUUAAGACUAUGCUACAUAUGGGAGACUGCUUAAC